AACUUUUUUUUGAUUUUAAUUGCAAAAUCCAUAAUUUAACAAGGAGUUAUUUCUCUGAUUCAUCACGCUGUAUUGUAGCAAGGGCUGGGCUGUGCUUGGUUGAAAUGUAAAAUGAAGAGCUGUUAGAAUCCUCAACCUGCCUGACCUAAUUAGAGCCCUCCUCCUGUUUCCUAUAAAAGGAAAACUGUGUAAGACUCAGUGCCAGUGCUUUGAGUGAAUUUUGUACACACAAUGGCUGUGCCUGCUCCUGCUGCCUCUUAUGAAGUAAAAGUUUAGGCUCACACUGAGCUGCUUAAAUGGUACCGCUGGGACCAGACCAAAAGCUUAACAGGAUUCUGAGCCCCACGUGAUGUAGGGCUUGGAUUAGUGUUUGGGUUUCAAAGGUCAGCAGAGCCAUUGCUGCUUCCAGGGCAUGUGCUCUGUGCAGGCACAGCCCAUAAAGGGGCAAGAGCACAGGUGAACUGCAAUAAUUUCCUAGGCUGGUGAUUCCCUCUGGAGUUUGAGGCAAUGCCUGAAAUGCUGGUGGGAAUGGAGCAGGAAGAUGUUGACAUUCCCAGUAGGCGAGUUUUGAUCACUGGUGCAACGGGACUUCUUGGCAGAGCUGUGUUUAAAGAAUUCCGUGAAAAUAACUGGAAUGCAGUUGGCUGCGGAUACAGGAGAGCUCAGCCCAGAUUUGAACAGAUUAAUCUUCUGGACUCUAUUGCAGUUCAUGACAUUAUCCAUGACUUUCAGCCUCAUGUUAUAGUGCAUUGUGCUGCUGAAAGAAGGCCAGAUGUUGUAGAAAGUCAACCAGAUGCUGCUUCUCAGCUCAAUGUGGCUGCUUCAGCAAACUUGGCAAAAGAGGCAGCUGGAGUUGGAGCGUUUCUGAUCUACAUCAGUACAGACUAUGUGUUUGAUGGAACAAGCCCUCCUUAUAAAGAGACUGAUGUACCAAAUCCCCUGAAUUUAUAUGGUAAAACCAAGCUGGAGGGUGAAAAGGCAGUCCUGGAAAACAAUGAAGGAGCUGCAGUACUUAGGAUUCCUGUCUUGUAUGGAGAGGUAGAAAGACUGGAGGAAAGUGCUGUGACUGUUAUGUUUGAUAAAGUGCAGUUCAGUAAUAAAUCUGCCAACAUGGACCACUGGCAGCAGAGAUUUCCUACCAAUGUCAAGGAUGUAGCAGCUGUUUGCAGACAACUGGCAGAGAAGAGAAUGAUGGACCCAUCAGUAAAAGGAACAUUUCACUGGUCUGGCAAUGAGCAGAUGACUAAGUAUGAGAUGGCCUGUGCAAUUGCAGAUGCUUUCAACCUCCCCAGCAGCCACUUGAGACCAAUUACUGACAGUCCAGUGGUGGGUGCUCUUCGCCCGAGGAAUGCUCAGCUGGACUGCUCCAAGUUGGAGAUGCUGGGGAUAGGCCAGAGAACACCAUUUCGAGCUGGGAUCAAAGAAUCACUUUGGCCUUUCCUCAUUGACAAGAGAUGGAGGCAGACAGUCUUCCAUUAGUUUGUAACUUUUUUAGUAAAAGUAUGCUAUGUGGCACUUUUUUAAAAGAAAAAAUAGUUUUGUAUGAGUGUUCUUAAAUUGUGACAUUUAUGAGCUUUCAUUUAAUCGGGUAAACAAAUGGUCUUGCACUAGUGAAACUGUUAGCCUAAAAAAAGUUCAGUGACAAAAACUGAGCCUAUUUGAUGUCAUGCAUCUUUCCUUCCAUUUGUACCAGUCUAACUUAGUAUCUGUUCCAGGCAGAUUGAGGUUCUUAGUAAUCAGUGCCAUGUGAUGCUAAGAAUCACUUCACUUGCUGACUUACUUUUGGCUGAACUAUGUUGUUGAUGCUUAAGGUCUGUGUCAUUGUUGUAUAUACCAUUUCUCCUCAUUAAAAGACAUGGUCGGUUACUUUAUUAUCAAAAA